GGCAAACCGAUUCUCAGAAAUUUGUCAAGAAAACUGCAGGGACCUAUCCAGGCGGUUGCCAGGAGUCUACACCGAUUUGUAUAUAUAUUGCAUUCUGCAAUUCUACAAUGAUUUAUUAAGUACCGAAAAGCCCAGUUUAUUAAGGACACUUUUUGAUUAUGCUGUCAUUAAACUCCUUGAAAUCACAGGGGACGGCUGUUAACACAGAGGGAGAGAUGCAGCAACAGCUGGCUUCCCUCGGUCUCUGAGAGGCAGCCAGUCCACAUCUGAGGGAACUGGCACUGCUCUCUCUCUCUCCAGGUCUGGAGCCCUGCAGCUGCCUACUUAUUAUCACCUAGGUUGGAGCCUACCAUUAGCUAGCAUAAGGCGCUGAGGAGCAGGAAGGAAAGUAAAAAAAAAACAAAAAACAAAAAAAAACAAACUUUCCCUGGCCUUUCCUACUAAUAUCCAACUCAGAGGCAGGGGGUUUAAGCAAACUCGCCUUAGGAAAGACCCAGGGCCAGGUGUCACGAGUCACGCAAUCCCCACUGUGGCGCGUUGGAAAGCUGGCCGCCGCUGCCGCCUCCUUUGCCCUUGGCCAACCGAGCCUCUUCUACCGACUUCCCUCCCCAUCUGCCUGGGACUCCCGCCCUUUUCCCUCGCCCUCGGCAUUUCUUCGAUGUCCGCACAGGUGUCAGCGAUUGGGUAGAAUAUGCAAAUGCGCCGGUGACGUCACGCAGCGCUGGUCCAGACAGCAGAAAUAGGGCAGGAAUUCAGCAAAGCAGCAUUUACACACCUCUCUUCGCGCCUGGAUUGAGACUGAAGCUACCGCUGCCUCGUCCUUCUUUCCGCCUUUUGUGUGUGUGUGUGUGUUUCGCUUUCCUUGUCCCCCCCUUUUGAUUCCCCCCCUCUCCAUCCCUUCUCCCUCCUUCUCUCAAUUCCGGCCACUACCGCCCCUCGCCACCCUUCCCAACCUUCCCUCAGGCUUCGCAUCUCUUUCGUCGAGGACUGUUUUUCUUUCGAGAGCAAAAGCACCUCAACUCUGACGUCUCCUUCCCUCAGUCGCGCCGGGCUCUUUGACAGGAGGUUCGCCUGCUGCUCUCGGGCUACUCCAGAAUUAGAGCAAUGAAAUCAAGGAGCAUCUGGUCAUUCCUCCUAUUGCUUGAAGUUUUCAUAGCAGUGGCUUAUGGAUGGAUGGAAUCAAACUGGAACGGACAAUUUUAUUCUGAUUCUGGGAGGUUAACACAAGAGGAAUCAAGAAGGGCUGAAGUCACAAGAAAAGUGCUUUAUGGGCAAGAUGGGCUCCAUGCAUUGUGUGAAAAAAAGUACUGUGAACGGGGAAGUCAGUGUGUUGUGAACAAGGAGACUAAUCAACCUGAAUGUAGAUGCGUAAAUGGUUGCAAGCCCAGUUACAUGCCAGUAUGUGGAUCAGAUGGCAAAUUCUAUGAAAAUCAUUGUGAACUGCAUCGAGCUUCAUGCUUGAAAAAGAAGAAAAUUUACAUUAUUCACAGCAAAGACUGUUUCUUCAAAGGUAAGGUGCUUUUCUGUUUAGAAAAUUUCUGCCAUUUUUCUAUGUUGUAUCUCAUAGAGUGCGUGAUUCUGCUAAGCCCAAAGGCUGAAAAGAAAGAAAGCUAUUAA